AAGCAUUUUGGUAAUAUUACUGACAUUUGAGGAUUUCCACUUGGCUUUUACUGUUUGGAUGGUUAACAGCAGCAGCAACAAACUCUUAUACAAAACUUAUUUCUAAAUGCCAAAAGCAGUUUCUCUAAAUACAGUAUACAAAAAGAGAGAGGCAUUUGCAUGAAGUAGCUAUUAAUUUCCCUUUUUUGCUACCCGAUCAGGUAAGGGCCACACAGUUAAGAGAAAGCCCCUGCUUGUUCCCUGCUCAUUCAGCAGCAGAUCAGGGAAGAGCACUGGGCUUGGCAAUCAGGUCUCCUUCCUCUGAAGAGGUCAGAGCCCUCAAAACUCACUCAUGAGUCCCCCACAGUAAGUCAGGAAGGUGCUCACAGGGCUCCACUCAGUCUACUUCACGUGCAGGAAGCAGACCCUUCACCUGCACAUCCCAGCUCUGGCCUGUGGUGGCCAGAACAGAGCUACCUACUGGUCCACAUUCCUGUCUCUCACACAAAAGGAGGAGUUUGCUCCCUGACAGUUGCUGCUCUCAGGAAUUUUAUUCAUCAGGUUUUUUUUCUAAAUAGCACUUCUCUCCAUUUAGUUCAUAGUGUAUUGAUGGGGUUCUCUCCCUUUGGCUCCUCCAUGAGGGCCUAGGCCUCCCCCUUUCUAGGACAGAGUCCAGCCUGUCCGCAUAAUUCUUCAUGGGCCUUGAGUCCCUGUUGUUGUCCAUGUGCUCUGCCUACAUCUGCUUAGUUCAGUAGACGUUCAUUGAGGAUUGACUCUGGAAUGCGUCUGCAGCACAUGGCAAUGGAAACAUCUGCUCUCUUGACAUUGUGGAGCCUAGAGGCCAGGGAGGGAGACAGUUUUGGGGACAGGAAGGGAUAGAGCUGAAAGAAACCUCAAGAGUGGGAUUGAGGAAAGAGGGGAGAUGAUGUAGAUUCCAUGUUUCCCCAAACUGAGGUAUUUUUAGGGUUUGUUGGGGCCACAGAGAGCUUCAAGAAUUUCUAGUGUUCCCAAGUGGAGCAUCUAGGAAUCUCCCUCUUUCCUUAUUACUCACCUGACACCUGAACACAUACUGUUUUAUGUUCAACUGUUGCUUACUGUGUCUCUGAGUUUCUGCCUUGGCCAGAUGACACGCCUUCUCAAGACAGUGCCAGUUGAAUCCCAUAUGCUUUCUCCGGGGCUGAGGUGGAAGCAGGUGCUCCACAGGUACUUGGCUAACACACUUGUGUUGGGGAAAGUCAAGCAGCUGGGGCUGGGAGUAGGGUUCAUGGACAGUACAGGCCUCAGGGUCUUGGCUGCCUUCCCUUGGUCUUUCCCUUUUGUGUGGCUCUGGAGGACUAAUUUGCUGCCAUGCUUAAGGACAACACCUAAAUGUGCUCUUUGUAUGACAUAGCCAUGAGCAGGGAUGGUGCCAUGGAGUAUGCCUUCUCCCAAAGAGGAAAGAGCAUCAGACAGGGAGACCCAGGUGUGGACCUCAGGUCCACCAUGCUUACUCACUUGACUCUCUACAUCUGUAAAAGGGGAAAAUGACAUCUCCCAGUGUUGUGAAGAUUAAAAGUCAAUGUAUGUGAUAAAAUGGCUAAUGUAUGAGUGUUGCUUCAUGACCUGUAAGGGAUUUCCCGUCCAUGAUCUCAUUUGAACCUCAUGGUAGAGAAAAUAUUGCUAUCGUUUGUAUUUUACAGAUGAAAAGCCUGAGGUUCAGAGUGUGUAAAUGACUUAGUAGAGAUCACACAACUAUUAAGAGGUAGAGCUGGGCCUGGAGCCCAGCUGGACUUUGGCCACCAUCUGUUACUAUGUUAAAGGACAGCUGGCAUAUGUACUAUGUUAUACAGGGUUUCAAGGUCCUUUCAUGUCCACCAACUGCUUAUGCUUCCUGGGGGGCCAUAUAAUGUGUUGCCAUAUAUGAAACAUCUAGGGCAUAAUUUUAAUGAGAAUGUUGCAGUCAAGGAAGCAGUGAGCCUUUGGUAAUCAUGUGGAUCCAACCACUUAACUGGCCAUCACUUUUGGGUGACAAUAACAGAUCAUAAGGAUUGUAUAAGAACCAAUGAUAAGAAUGUCUACAAGGUGUAAUGACAAGCUCUGGUGAUAGUUUGCCCACACUACAAUGCAUGAGCAUGUUUGUAAGAAUUGUGCCACUGAAUCUGACAAAAUCUGCUUAUAUCUUCAGAAAACUUUGUUAUGAACAAAUUGAAAUUACUCUUCCAUAUCUGAUUUUAGAUACGUUAAGUGGUGCAUUUGAGAAUAGGAACAUUGAUUAUAGUAUUUAUAAGGAAAUGGAAGAAUGUUUUACUAAUAACUAUUAAAAUCUGCUAGACUUAGGCUAAGCCUAAUAAAUCUAGUUAAAAUAAGGGAAACACAUUCUAUCUUUGGCCUGAUUAGGAAGAGGGUGUGGGGUGAGAGUCUUAGGCUGAGCUUGGCAAGGAAGAGUGUUUUGCCAACGGGAAGGGAGGUUAUACAAGAAUGGGGUGGACCGAUGAUGACCCAGGGCAAAACCUGGCAAAGUACUUGGCCUCCUGUAGUUGGGCAGAGAAUACAGAGGGGACAAGGAUCCAUCUGUCGCCUUCAGCUCUGCAGGCCACAUCUUAGGGUGUUUCCUGUGAAAGUUCCAGAAAAAAGCCAGUGUGGUCAGCUUAGGGGAAUAUGUGGUUUAUGCUGGAACACUGGACAUACCACAUUACUGGAAAGAUGCACACUGGAUGACCGGCAAAAUAAAACUCAACUUUCCAAAUGUUGGCAAUGAUAGGAGAUUCAGUUCUAAUGACCAGUUGUCUAUUGAAUGGAUGCCAGUACAAAUCAUAACAAAUUCAUUCUAACCAUGACAGCCACAGGAAGGACACAAAGAAUUCAGUGUCCCUUAUUCCAUGAAACAGCUCACUGGAAUCUGUGAAUUCUAGAACCCAGGAUGGGAGGACUCUGGGAUCCUUGUCACAUGACCAACCAAGACAGAGAAUCCUGGGAGGCCUGAGGCCACAAAGAUCUUGGCAUCUGUGGGUCCACCUCCCCAGGAAGUCCCUCACCCAUGUGAGGGUCACAUGUAGGGCAUGGGUGAUAAGAUUCCUGGAUAGGACAUUGACUCCCGAUUGUAGGUGGGAUGUGCAGAGCUGGGAUCUGGCCCUGGUCAACCUAUCAAACUCGGGCUUUAAAUUGUUUUUCCUGAGCUCAAGAAACAAAAGAUGGUUUUGGAAAUGCUGAACCCAAUGCAUUACAACAUCACCAGCAUGAUGCCCGAAGUCAUGCCUGUGGCCACCAUGCCAAUCCUGCUGCUCACUGGCUUUCUUCUUUUGGUUUGGAAUUAUGAGGACACAUCUUCAAUACCAGGUCCUGGCUAUUGCAUGGGAAUUGGGCCCCUCAUUUCCCACUGCAGGUUCCUGUGGAUGGGGAUUGGCAGUGCCUGUAACUAUUACAACAAGAUGUAUGGAGAAUUCAUGAGAGUCUGGAUAUGUGGAGAGGAAACACUCAUUAUUAGCAAGUCCUCAAGUAUGUUCCAUGUAAUGAAACACAGUCACUACAGCUCCCGAUUCGGCAGCAAACUUGGGUUGCAGUGCAUCGGCAUGCAUGAAAAUGGCAUCAUAUUUAACAACAAUCCAACCCUCUGGAAAGCUGUUCGACCUUUCUUUACAAAAGCUCUGUCUGGCCCUGGACUCGUGCGCAUGGUGACAAUUUGUGUUGAAUCCGUCAUAACACAUCUGGACAGGUUGGAGGAGGUCACCAACGAACUGGGUUACAUUGACGUGUUGACCCUCAUGAGGCGCAUCAUGCUAGACACCUCUAACAUGCUCUUCCUGGGGAUCCCACUGGACGAAAGUGCCAUUGUGGUUAAAAUCCAGGGUUAUUUUGAUGCGUGGCAAGCUCUCCUUCUCAAACCAGACAUCUUCUUUAAGAUUUCUUGGCUAUACAGAAAAUAUGAAAAGUCUGUCAAGGAUUUGAAAGAUGCCAUGGAAAUUCUAAUAGAAGAGAAAAGACACAGAAUUUCCACAGCAGAGAAACUGGAAGACUGUAUGGAUUUUGCCACUGAGUUGAUUUUUGCUGAGAAACGUGGUGACCUGACAAAAGAGAAUGUGAACCAAUGCAUACUGGAAAUGCUGAUCGCAGCACCAGACACCAUGUCUGUCUCUGUGUUUUUUAUGCUUUUUCUUAUUGCAAAGCACCCUAAGGUUGAAGAGGCAAUAAUGAAGGAAAUACAGACUGUCGUUGGUGAAAGAGAAAUAAGGAUUGAUGAUAUGCAAAAAUUAAAAGUGGUGGAAAACUUUAUCUAUGAAAGCAUGCGGUACCAGCCUGUUGUGAACUUGGUCAUGCGCAAAGCCUUACAGGAUGAUGUCAUAGAUGGCUAUCCGGUGAAAAAGGGGACUAACAUUAUCCUGAAUAUCGGAAGAAUGCAUAGACUUGAGUUUUUCCCCAAGCCCAAUGAAUUUACUCUUGAAAACUUUGCAAAGAAUGUUCCUUACAGGUAUUUUCAGCCAUUUGGUUUUGGGCCCCGUAGCUGUGCAGGAAAGUACAUCGCCAUGGUGAUGCUGAAAGUCAUCCUGGUUACACUUCUGAGACGAUUCCACGUGCAGACUUUGCAAGGAGAGUGUAUUGAAAAUAUGCAGAAAAAACAUGGCUUGUCCUUACACCCAGAUGAGACUGGCAACUUGCUGGAAAUGGUUUUUACCCCAAGACAUUCAGAAAAGUGCCUCAAACACUAAAGAAGGUUGAUCAGUACCUACUCUGGAGCAUUUCUCAUCAGUAGUUCACAUGGAAAUCGCCCAUCUUUACCAGGUAGUAUCAUCCUCAGAGUGGACAUUUGGUGGCCUGUGCAUUUUAUAGGCAUACCUCAUAUGGGCUGUCAGCAAGCCAGGAAACAUUGGUUGUCUGUUCUUGUCCAAACCAUAGAAACAGACUUCCAACGAAAAUAGAGGCCAACAGUUUGCAGGGGAAAUGGUCAAUUCCACAAAACAGGCUUUGAAAAAGAUAGGCCAUGAGCAAAACUUAUGUCCUCCUUCCCACAAAAUCUCCACUGCCCUGCCCCAAGAACAUUUUAAUGUCUGGGGCGGAAGCACUCAAGUCCAUUAGAAAGACCAGGCUGGUGUCUGGGUAUUUAGGGCCAAACAUACCUGCUAAUGUGAAUAAAAGUGUUUUGAUUUAGUUUUUAGUGGUAGGGUCUACAACAUUCAUAUUCUUUGGAGAAAUGCUUACAAAUUCAGCAUUUGACUUUUCCUAUGAAUUAUUCAAUUAACUCUUGAUUAUCCACAGGUGACUUGUCUGUGGCAAAAGUUAAAUAGGAGACUCUCCUUUCCCAGUCUCCCAGUUCAUGCCUCAGCCAAUUACCUCCACUACAAUAGAUAUCAAUUUGGGUGAUACAAAGUAAUUUAGUAAUAGCCUAAGUAAAAUAUAAUUAGGACCACCCAUCUGUCAUAGGGGGAAAAAUCACACAAUGCAUUUCAAAUUCAAAUAAAAAUUAUUUUCUUCAUGUUUGCAUCCUUGCUUAGCUCCACUAGUGCUAACCAAGAGAUACCUUUAAAUAAUGGCAUCUAUUAACUCUUAUAACAGCCCCCAGUGAUUUGAGGCAGGAAAAGUCCUCUAUAUCUACAUCUAACUCUCCAACCCAGUGGGCUCAAACCCAUUCCAUCCUCUUUCUCCCUCAACAGUCUCCCCUUCUCUUUCUUUCCAUGAUCCCAAAGUCAAUAGCAACAGAUCAGUGGAGAAUAUGGUCAGGGUAGAACCCCUGCAAUCAUCUUUUAUCCUACCUCGGAUUUAAUAGUUAUCUUAGAGAUUUAACAGCUAUUGAGUUUAUUGAAUCAUUACACAUAGCCAUGGAUAAAAUGCACACCUUAUAAUUAGCUCUUUAAAGAGAAUCAAGUAGAUCAGUUAAUUUUCCAAAUACCACUUUACUUGUGUUAUAUAGCCAAUAUGAUUCUAUCUGCUGAAUGCCAUUUAAAAAUUAAAAAUCAUUUGCAAAAAUUAAGCUCAUUACCAUUGAGUCAACCACCAUCUCCACAUUUGAAUAUUCUCUUCAUCCUCCUGUUUGGCAAUAAAAUAACAACUGAGUAUAAAAUGAGAGUGUAAGCUCCUUGAGAGCAGCUCUUUUCUUUCUCUUAUAAUCCAUCCCAAUCCCCCAUUCUGACUCCCCAGAAGGAAGGAUAGCACUGAAUAGACACUCUUGCUCAUAGAACCCCUAACUGACACCGGAAUCCAACUAAAAAGAAGGCAGGUAUUCUAAGAUUUCAAGGAUAGGUAAUAGUAAAGAGGGAAAUAUUUGAACUUGGAAUUAUUUGGAUCCAUAUGGCCUCAACAUACACAUAAAUAUGCCUAUGUACUUGAAUAUAUCCACAGUUGGGUCUGGACAAUCAUCCAAAUAGUUCAGUCCCCUGAAAUAACAGCCAGGAUUUUAGAUUUUAAUGUAUCUAAGUUAAUUCUCUUGAUGACUGUUAACACAUACUUUGCCUCUGGCUGGAGCUUCACAGUAGAGGAAAACACUUCAGAUUAGUGUACUUCACCCAUCCAGUUCCCUUGGAACAUCUAUUGUAUUUUGUAUGUAUAUAUGUAUCCAAGGCCUAUGUUUACAUGAUCAAAGUCAAACGGAGGGUUUAUAUAGUUGUAUAGCAAUAUUGUGGAUACAAAAAUAUUCUGGGGAAAAACUAGGGGUGGGGGUGGGGGCAGGGGAAGAAUAGGAAGAGGGCAAAUGCUGGUUUGAAUGAUCCAAGCAAACUCUUUCAGAAUCAAAUUAUCUGGGUAAUCAUUCAAAUUUUCUCUCUGCUUAGCCUGUACCGACAAAUCCCAUAUGUUUGUACAGGCUUGGCCUAAAGUAUUUGGAAUACCAUUGAUUUUUCAUUAGGCUUAUCAACAUAUAUUUGAAAAUCCUGUUUUCUCUUCAGAAUUUUGCCUCAUUGUCCUGUACUUGUUACUCUUGAAUGUGCCAUGGAUUCUGUUUUUACUAGUUUUCAAAGAACUGGAGUAUAUAAAUUGUCAGUGAAAUGCAUGCAUUAUAAGGGCUCUAUUAUUGUAAAAUUGUGAGGACAAUUGUGCCCUCCCAUCCUUAGGUGUACUGGACACCCCCCUCGGCCUUUAUUGACAUCCCACUUUUUCCUACUCCAAGUGGAAAACAAUCACAUACAGAAAGCCCCACAUAUCAAGAAAUGUCAGUCGGAAGUUGUCACUUUUAUUUCUAAACAUCACCUUUUGCCUGUCAUGGUGCUAAUAUUCUAGUAAGUGUGUGGUCUUUGCCCACUAAAAAGAAUACUAGCUGGAACCUCCUCAAUCUCCUGUAUCAGCUGGGCUUUGUGACUGAAUCUCUCACCCAUAUUUGCAGAAGGAUUUGCUAAGUUAAAUUUUGUCAAAGUAAUAAGUGGAAUGGAAUUUGUGGUACUUUCAGUUGGACUUAGCUCAAAAAAAGCAAAGUCAGGGCUGAACUCUCCAGGGCUCAACAGAUGGGGCAUAGCUGAGUGAACUCCCUCAUUUGCUUUCUGCAGCUUUUAACAGAUGUUGGCCCAUGUCUGGAGAGCCAACGGCCAUACCCUAUUUCCAUCAGGCCAAUCAAACAAACAGAAUGCAUUUACACAAGUCAAACUGGUCAACGAGUCCAGCCCAUUAGGGAUACUCGGCCCCUUUCUCUUCUCCCAAGAAAUUAUUUUAAAGCAUAAAACAAAUGGGAAUUAUCACAAGACUAUAAUUAUAAAAAAUAUUAUAAGAAUAACCUUGAGGGACGCCUGGGUAGCUCAGUUGGUGAAAUAUCCAAUUAUUGAUUUCAGCUUAGGUCAAUGAUCUCCCAGUUUGUGGGAUCAAGCCCCAUGUUGGGCUCUGCACUGAGAGCAUGGAGCCUACUUGGGAUUCUCUCUCUCCCUCUCUCUGCCCUUCCCCUGCUCACAGUCUCUCUCUCUCUAAAAUAAAAUAAAAAAAAAUACUUUAAAAAAAGAAUAAGCUUGAAUCUACUCUAAUCAUAACCAAAAGCAAAUGUUUCACAAACUUCAGUAUUUUUAUUUACAGUAGCCCCCCUUUAUCCAUAGCUUCACUUCUGCAGUUUCAGUGACCCAUGGUCAAUGGCAGUCAGGAAGAAGAUGAUCCUCCUGACUUACUGUCAGAAAGUCAAUAGUAGCCUAAUACUAGGUCACAAUGCCUGCGUCAAUUCACCUCAAUCCAUCUCACCAUGUAGGCAUUUUAUCAUUUCACAUCAACAUAGUGCAGUUGUGAGUGCAGUACAGGGUGAGUUCAGGGUGAGUGCAGUACAAGAAGAUAUUUUGAGGGAGGCGGGAAGAGACCACAUUCACAAACCUUCUAUUACAGUCUAUUGUUAUAAUUGUUAUAUUUUAUUAUUAGCUAUUGUUUUAAUCUCUUACUGUGUUUAAUUUUUAAAUUAAACUUUAUCAUAGGAAUGUCUGUACAGGAAGAAAACCGUAUGUAUAGAGUUUUGGUACAAUCCAUGGUUUCAGGUGUCCCCUGUGGGUCUGAGAACAUAUUCCUCAUGAAAGAGGUGGACUACUGUAUUAGUAAAAUAUUUCCUGCAAUGAAGAUCUUAAGUUACAAGACAUGCAAAUUGAGCCUAUGACCCAGGUGAUUUUUCUUAGGUUCCUUUCAGCUCUGUGACUUAUUUAUAAGGAGUAUUUACAAGGAAUCUUGACUCACCCUUUUUGUAAAUGUAUAGUUGGAGCAAGCUGUUCAAUCUCACCAUACCUCAGUUUUCUCAUCAAUCCAAUGGGGAUAAUAAUUACUUCAUAAAGUUGCCAUGAGGAUUACAAGGGAAGAUUCAUGUGAAGCUCUUGGCAUAGUGUCUGGUACAGGGCAACCUCUCACUAUGCAUAGGCAUAAUAAUGAUGAUGCUCAGUAGUUAGGCUGACUCAUGACAUUCUCAAACCUUUUCUCAUCCAGUAGAGAUGGCAGAAGAUGUGCCAGAUGCUUCCACAUCCAUUAUCUCAUUGUAAGCUUCAUGACAACUCUCACAUUAUUAUGAUUGCCCCAGUAAGCCCCACAUUGUAUCCAUGAAAACAGAGAGUCAGGGAGUAUGGGAGACUUGCUCUCAAGUCCACCACUCCUUCCAAAGCCCCUGGCCCCUUCAUCAAGCUGCUUCUUUGCAAAGGGACUCAUUGCUGGAAGGCUGAAGAGGCCAGUCCUGGUUUCUCAGCUCUUCCACCUUGUGAUGACAGGUAAACCCCUUUCAAGACUUGUUCAAUUCUUGCCUCCUUACCCACAGAAUUUGAAGCAGGAAAUAUCUCAGCUUCUUCAUCCAUAAAAUCGGAUGAUUCUGCCUUACCCACCCCCCACACAGGUAUGUUUGGAGGAUCUUUCUCAAAAAAGUAAUGCUAUAAAAAUUCACUUAGUAUAAGGUGCGGGAUCUAACAUGUGGAUGCCAACAUCUGCCUUAACAGAAAAUUAUCAGUCCCUAGACUAGUCCCUAACCACUAGGAACACUUCUAGUGUUGCACAAUUUCAAUUCAUUUCAGAUGUGGUACUAUAGGAAAAAAUAAGAGAGUGGAGGACAAAAUAGUAACUUACUAUAAAUACACCAUGGGCAAACCAGACCUAAUGAUGGCCAUAAAAUCACCUCUAUUUUGGCC